AAGGAACGAGACGACGCCUAGAAUAAUUUCUCGGCUUCGGUAGAAGCGGAAACUCGUGCCUCAUUUCUUCUGAAACGAACAGCUGGCUCCACCAGAGCUCUGGAGCUUGAGCUUUUUCGCAAAGCAAUUUGUCAACGACGAGUCUCCAAGGGUGGACUUUUAGACUUGUCGUCUCUUGAGAGCACUUGAAUUUAGGGACAAGGCUACCGGUUGUCGUCAUGGCUCCGAUCGGCUUCAUAGCUAGUCUCAGCAACAGUCUGUACCCCAAACAGCAAGUGGUGCCUGUCAUUUCGGAACAAAGUGCUGCUCUUCUUUCAAUUGCCCUGACUGUGUUCUAUGUGGCCCCCUUCUAUCUGUCUCCCUCAACGCGGCCGUCUCCCACUCUAAGCAGAGAUGCCCCCUCCGUCAUCCGAGCGAGGGUCCGCAUGGUGACACUCUCAUGUGUCAUCAGCAUGCUCUUUGUCUCGUGGCUGAUCGUCAAGGGAAACAACACGUCUCUCUCAGAAGCUUUAAAGCUUCUCGGCGUGUGGCCCAUUGGGAUUUUCGAUAUCGCGCAAAGCUUCCUCUUAACAGCGGUCUUGUUCACAGGACCACUCUUCGAGAGAGGAAUAGCAGAGGGGGAGUGGAGAGAAUGGAUCCGAGGCGGCAGGAUCUCGGAAUCGCUAUCUGGCUGGAUAGGAUGGCGGAACUACGUUGCGGGCCCUGUCACUGAAGAAGCGAUCUUCCGCGCGGCGAUCAUUCCGUUGCAUCUAUUGGCCCAAGUCAGUCCUGGCCGUAUUGUCUUCAUCGCGCCCCUUUACUUUGGAAUCGCGCACGUGCAUCAUUUUUAUGAGUUCCGCCUGACACACGCGGAUACUUCUGUGCUUGCCUCUCUUCUGCGGUCCAUCUUCCAGUUUGGCUAUACCACCGUCUUUGGUUGGUAUGCCACCUUCCUCUACCUCCGCACAGGCUCCCUUUGGGCAGUCAUCCUCGUCCAUAGCUUCUGCAAUUGGUGCGGCCUCCCUCGACUCUGGGGACGAGUCGAGGCAGGUUAUCUCACCUAUCCUCCUGUUGUCCGCGGAAAAAAGGAUACAGACAUCAAUCCUGGACACACGGCUCCUGGAAAACUCGGUCUCGUCUGGACAGUCGCUUAUUAUACACUACUUGUUGCCGGUGCUAUUGGAUUCUACCACCAAUUAUGGCCGUUAACCGAGUCGAUUCAUGCGUUGGCUUCAUUUACCUCUCAUGCGGCUUGAUGGGCCCCUCGAACCAUCCUGGACCUUGGUUCCAUCGCUCUUGCGACAAAAAGAAAGCAUAUUUUCCGGUUAUAAAAUACGCGAUUCCUCUCAUAUCAAAUAAUGAAGAUGUUGGCAAUGAUAUACUGACGCCUUUU